AUGACCACCCUGCCCCAUGGAAAAUAUUACGCCGUGAAGCGAGUCAGCAAGAAGCACAUUGUUGCCAAGAGACAGGAAGAGCACAUGCUGUUUGAGAAGAAGAUCCUUAAAGCUGUGCAGUGUGAAUUCAUUGUCAGACUUCAUGGAGCUUUCAAAGACACACGAUACAUCUACAUGGUGAUGGAGUUCUGUAGUGGUGGGGAAAUCUGGACCAAACUCAAAGAAGUAGGUCGUUUUGACGAGCCUGUCGCUGUGUUCUGCACUGCCUGCGUGGUAGAGGCCUAUGCUUACCUCCACAAGAAGAACAUCAUGUAUAGAGACCUAAAGCCUGAGAACCUGAUGCUGGAUGCGAAGGGCUACGUCAAACUGGUUGACUUUGGUUUUGCAAAGGAGCUGGUUCGGGGUGAGAAAACCUACUCAUUUGUUGGUACUCCUGAGUACAUGGCUCCAGAGAUCAUCAAGAACCAGGGACAUGACUUUGCAGUUGACUUUUGGUCUCUUGGCAUCCUGAUUUUUGAACUAUUGGCAGGAAGCCCUCCCUUUUCAAGCUCAGAGCCCCAGAAGAUUUAUGCCAAAAUUUUGGAUGGGGAGCUCCAUUAUGCACCUUAUAUGAGCGAAGCAGCCAAGUCCAUUAUCAGUAAACUGUGCAGACCUCGGCCUGGUCAGAGAUUAGGAAACACCAAAAAUGGGAUCAAAGAUAUCCGGCAUCACAGGUGGUUCAGCAGUAUGAACUGGCACAAGCUGCGUGUGGGUCAGCUUGAGGCUCCCACAGCACGGCUUAUCCGCAAGGGUCCCUGCUACAUCAACUUUGAUCGCUUCCCUCUUGAUCAGACGAAGGCAGAAGAGGAGUUCUCUGGCUGGGACCGUGACUUCUGA